AGUUGCUGUUGAAGACAAAAUAUUUGUUGCUGAUGAAGACAAGAUAGUUGUUGGUGUUGAAAAUAAGACAUUUGUUGGUGUUGAAGACAAGACAUUUGUUGCUGUUGAAGACAAGAUAUUUGUUGCUGUUGAAGACAAGACAUUUGUUGCUGUAGAAGACAAUAUAUUUGUUGCUGUAGAAGACAAGAUAUUUGUUGCUGUUGAAGACAAGGCAUUUUUUGCUGUUGAAGACAAUAUAUUUGUUGCUGUUGAAGACAAGAUAGUUGUUGGUGUUGGUGUUGAAGACAAGACAUUUGUUGCUGUUGAAGACAAGAUAUUUGUUGCUGUUGCAGACAAGAUAUUCGUUGCUGUUAAAGACAAAAUAUUUGUUGCUGUUAAAGACAAGAUAUUUGUUGCUGUUGAAGACAAGACAUUUGUUGCCGUUGAAGACAAGAUAUUUGUUGCUGUUGAAGAGAAGAUAUUGUUGCCGUUGAAGACAAGAUAUUUGUUGCUGUUGAAGAGAAGAUAUUCGUUGCUGUUAAAGACAAAAUAUUUGUUGCUGUUAAAGACAAGAUAUUUGUUGCUGUUGAAGACAAGACAUUUGUUGCUGUUGAAGAGAAGAUAUUUGUUGCUGUUGAAGAGAAGAUAUUUGUUGCUGUUGAAGAGAAGAUAUUUGUUGCUGUUGACGACAAGAUAUUUGUUGCUGUUGAAGACAAGAUUUUUGUUACUGUUGAAGACAAGAUAGUUGUUGGUGUUGAAGAAAAGACAUUUGUUGCUGUUGAAGACAAGACAUUUGUUGCUGUUGAAGACAAGACAUUUGUUGUAGUCAGGAUAUUUGUUGGUGUUGCAGGGUUAGAAUCGUUAGAUGGUUUGAUUGUUGUGGUAGAAGGUGGACAAGUAGGGGGAAUAGUGGUUGUCUUGAUUUUGCUUUGUGGUAACUCUACAGAAAGAAUGAGAUACCAAGGUUAA